AUAAUUAUGGAAAACCAAUGUGAUAAUGAACUCACCAGCCGGUUCUAUAAAGCUUUUCUCUUGAUUUUUCUGCAGCCCCUUCGAAGAGUAGGAUCACAUUAUCUACCUCCUCCUUUUUCAUGAAGCGUAAAAGGAGAACUGAAAGUAUUUAAUUUUAUAAACCCUGUUCCUUGAUUUGGUAUGUUGUCCUGGCCAUUUAGCUAAACAUCUGACAUACCAACCCUUGUUCUUGUCAUAUUCCCAGGAAUGUCCGAUAAAAUUGGAACUCUCGUACUCUUCAUUUCAAUACUAAAUUCCAGUCCCCAUUCAAUUGCUUCUGUUUGUUUUUCUACGCGGCAACUUGAUUGAAUGAGUUGUUACCUCCUUGAAUACUUUACAAGGCAAAUGACCAACAUAGAAAACCAUAUUGUAAUCUCCAUGUUCUUUGGCUACACACAACAACAGGCCUGCACAAUGUGUGUACAAGUACAGCCCCUUUUUCAUGAGACUAUAAAUAGCUACUAAGUAUCACAUUAUUAGCACCAUCUCACCCUCCAGGAUCAUUAAUUCUACAUAUCAAAUAGUUUGCUAUGGCAUCAACAACUUCAACCAACAAGUUUUUCUUCCUACUUUUAGCUUCAUUUGCCAUUGCACAAGUGGUGCAAGCUGGAGAUGCAGAUAUUACCUCUGAUUUUUUGGCACCCCCUGGUGCAACUGUAGAUGGGAAUUUCUUCACGUACACUGGUAUGCGCAACCUUGUCAAUGAAAAACCACCUGCAAAUUUUACGGUCAAGAAAGUAAGCAUGGCUGAAUUCCCGGCUCUUAAUGGGCAGAGUGUUUCCUACGCUGUUCUUCAAUUCCCUACGGGCACAAUAAACCCGCCACACACCAACUCUCGUUCCACUGGGCUGCUUUUCGUCAUUCGAGGUUCACUUGAAGUGGGAUUUGUUGACACAACCAACAAGCUCUACACUCAGACACUACAAACUGGCGACAUGUUUGUAUUUCCAAAAGGACUUAUUCACUACCAGUACAAUGCUGAUCCAGAAAAAAUUGCUCUCGCAAUUGCUGCCUUCGGGAACGCGAGCGCAGGGACUGAACCACUUCUUGCCACUCUCUUCGCAACCAAUAUUGAUGAAAAUAUCUCGGCCAAGUCAUUCAACACUGAUGUAGCCACCAUUCAAGCUCUCAAGGCCAGUCUUGCUUCGAAGGCUUGAGAAUAUCAAUCUUGAU